GAAAUAAAGUUAUAUGACCUACUACGUUUUAUCUACCGCUUUUAAUUUCGUCAUAUGUUUUUCUAAACUUUAAUGAUUUGAGACGUUUUAUCGUUUCAGUGUUGUUUGAAUAUAUCCAAUAUAUGUGUUUUGUAAACAAAUAAAACCUGGAUUAUAGUUUGAUAGAUAUUUUGACAUAAAACAAUUACCGAAACUAUGAACAAAAGAAUUCAAGGAUAUAGUUAUAUUUGUAUACUUCUCGACAAAGUUUCUCUAACAAUGGCCGUGUUUACAUUUUUAAAGUGGAUAAUUUAUUCAACAAUAUGGAGUUGGCAUGGUAACUGGUCUUGGUAAUAUUGCUGAAACAACCCUAAGGCUUUAACCUGUGGAAUUGUGAGAAAUAUCAUGAAGUUGAUCGCGCUGAUAAACAGUGUCGGAAGGCUUCAAAUUGAAUGCUUCCGCCGAUGGGAUACACGAACGGCUGUGAGUUAUUUAUGCCCAAUCACAGAGUAUUGCUGUGAAGGAGGCUGUUGUAUUGAUGAUGCUUUUGAGACACGACUUAGAAGGGUAACUGGGUUCAUUCUGGUAGCUCUGUUGAUAGCGGUCGUCAUGUACGGCCUACACUGGAUAAUUGAAGUGCGCAAAUGUGUUUGCGGAAUCACAGGACCGCGAGAGGUAUUGAUGAAAGCUGCACAGCGUCCGGGACCUGCUUCUGGAGAAGAAGGAGUUGUCAAUUACAAUUCAUCUUCCAAAUAUCAAGAUGCUGAACACUAAUCAUGUUUGUGACUGGGAAAAUACAUUGUUACAAUGAAAGAAAAUGUCCAUUCAUGAAAUGUUUUAUUUUGAGAACAGUUUUAAUCAAAUACUUUUGCUGACCUUCAGUGAUAUGUAUGUGUGUGUGUUUUUUUUAUCAAUUAAUCAUAUAUAUUGGACAUUUGCAUGAUCACAAAAUAUUGCACGUUUUGCAGACAUUCUUUUAUAACUUUGUACUAACUGCUUUUACUAACAGGACAUGGACAAUUAAGCUGAAUUUAGCUAUUUUCUAGACUGAAUUUUAAAAUUAUAUGUGUUUUUUUUUUAAAUUAUAUUCAGGCAAACUUGAAUGUCUCAUUUUAAACAGUAUGUUGCAUUACUUCUCAGUUAUAUAACUGCAAGAUUUUUUGAAAGGAAAAACAACAACACCAACAACAACAACACUUUUGUUUUAAAGGCAUUUAUGUUGCCAUGGUAUAGUUAGAAAUAAAUAUGGGGGUCACUGAAUUAUUGAACAAUAUCUAGUAGUUAUAUUCUCAUAUUUACAUAUAGGCAAAAAAUCAUCCAAAAUUAGUUUCAAAGCGAAACAAAUUCAUCUAGUUUACUUUAAAACUAUGAACUAAUGUAUUAUUGAAUUUUAUGAUAUAUAUGACAGAAUAAAUGAAAGUGUCUUUGACAAUUUCAAAGUCCGUUUGCCAUGGUUAGAAAAAAACAACAGAUGGUGGUAUAUAAUAUAAGGGACAUAAUAACAGUAGUUUGAUUACGGAUGUAUUCGCCUCUGGUAGGUUUACUAGGCCGCAUCAUACUAUGUACUUGCGCGCUUCAUGUAAUACAGACCUGGCAAAAUCCAAAUAGAGCCGAAAACCAUAUUAUGAGUUUCAAUACUUUAUAGACGUUGAAACUUUUGAUACUGUUAUGCAUAACAAAAAACUCUAAAACAAUUACAUUUCAAAGGUCUUAAAUAAUUUUAAGUCUAAUAUCUAUAUAUGUAAAGUAAUUGAUAAGCGUUCAUAUUAUAGUUCUUUGUCGAGGUCAGUGACUUGUUUGUACUUUAAACAAUGGAAAGGUAUGUUAUUAAGGUAAUGUUCCCAAAACAGUAUUGUUCAAUAACACUUAUAUAGGAUAAAGAUUAAUAUUAGAAACGCAAAACUGUAUCGCCCUUCAUACACCAUUAAAAGAGAGAUAUAUAACAUAAAAUAAUAUGUCUGUCGGGUAUCGUAAUAUAAUUUUACAAAUGUAAGUAUAAAACACUUCAUAGGAGUUGUUUGCAGGUGCAAGUUCUCUAAGAAAUAAUUGUAUGUAAUGCACGGCUCGGAAAAUGUGUGCUUGCCAUUGUAACUGAAGACUAUGACUCCAAGAAUCCAUUGACACAGCUGGUGAUACUAUAUAUAAUGCAAUGGCAUCGCUGGAGUAUUAAACCCCAGCCACCUGGUUGAGAAGCCAGCGUGCACUAUUGCGUCAUUCUUAGUAGCUAUAAGGGGUAGUGGUUCUAACCUAGAUAAGGUAAAUCAAAUUAUGCUGAUUUCCUUAAUUCACACCUUAAUCAACGGAUGAGUCUAUCAAUUGAAAUCUGAAGCGUCACAACCAAAAUAUACAAGGAUCCAUUCCUUUUUAUCAGUUUCGUAUUCAUGCCUUAUAAAGCAAGCUUUUUUAGUCUUUUUUUCAUUCCUAAACUGCGUAUUAUGGUCAUCCUUUUCAUCUGCUUGGGUUUUAUCUGUACUAAAUAAUUUUACUUCUAUGUGUGUGUGUCUAGGUAUUCACUUGUUUGUGUUAUAUUUAACCAAGGUUGUUUUUUAUUGUCUGUAUUUUAGUUUGCCAAACUAAUUUCUUCAGAAGGAUACAGAAAAGACGAAAUAAGUUUAUAUUCAGCACAAUUGUUUUGUUUAAAUUAUGAAAUAUUGCAGUCCUUUCUAACUUUAAUUGUUCUUCAGAAAUAAUCUUUGUAUUUCGAUAGUAAAAGAUAAAAUAAGGUCAAAGUGGUUCAUACAUUGUAAAUUAUAGAAAAAAUGUAUUUUCUACCAUUGUUCAAUUAAACGACAGAAAUGACAACUAAUCUGAUGUUUAAAUACACAUUAAUUCCGAUCACGUUAUGUAUUCUAGUAUUUUUGCAAUGUUUUUGAAAUACACAUUUUAUACGUAACUUUCAUAUGUUCAGUUUACUUACAAUUAUUCUUUCUGUUUUUUCAUGUUCUUACUUUGAAUAAAAGUGCACUUGUG